UUCAGCGAGAGAAAAAGUGAAAGUAACUUCACAGAUGAUAACAAUAUACGGACGCCUGAAACUAUAAACGUCUUUAAACAUUAGAAUAUUCACUGAGCCAUUCAAAGACCCUUGUGGAAACAUCUGAUACCCACAGAUAUGACAUCCUCCAGUGCUCUACUGACUGAGGAGCUUCAGUGCUCUAUAUGUCUGGAUGUGUUCACUGAUCCAGUCAGCACUCCAUGUGGACACAACUUCUGUAAGAACUGCCUGAGCCAGUGCUGGGACAACAGUCAGACAUGCAAGUGUCCAUACUGUAAAGAAACAUUCAACCACAGGCCUGAUCUCAAGAUUAAUAUGACACUACGAAUGGUUGUCGAUUAUUUUAAAAUGAAAGAGCUUAAGAGGAGGCAGCAGUAUGCAGUGGAUGUGACUCUGGAUCCUGAUACAGCUAAUCCAUAUCUCAUCCUGUCCGAUGGCGGGAAACAAGUGAGACAUGGAGACAUUAAACAAAAGCUCCCAAAUAACCCAGAGAGAUUUGAUUACUAUGUAAGUGUCCUGGGAAAGCAGGGAUUCUCCUCAGGGAGGUUUUAUUUUGAGGUGCAGGUGAAGGGAAAGACUGCCUGGGCUUUAGGAGUGGCCAGAGAAUCUACAAAGAGGAAGGGAGACAUCAUACUGAAUCCCAGGAAUGGAUACUGGACUGUAUGGCUGUUUUAUUGGAAUGAAUAUGCGGCUUUCUCUGGUCGCCCUGUCCCGCUGUCUCUGAGAGUGAAGCCACAGCGGAUAGGGGUGUUUGUGGAUUAUGAGGAGGGUCUGGUCUCCUUCUAUGAUGCGGAGACCAGCUCUCAUAUCUACUCUUUCACUGGCCAGUCUUUCACUGAGAAACUCUAUCCAUAUUUUAGUCCAUCCUUUGGAUAUAAUGGUACAAACGUAACCCCACUGAUUAUCACACCUGUCAGUUGCAAAAAAUGAAUCUACACCAUUAGUAUGAAACACAAGAUGAAAAUAAUGCUUUUCAUAAUAACAUCUGGAAAUAUUAUACUGAGAAGUGGACAAAUUGGUCUGUAUGAAAAAAAAGAAGAAAAACAAAACAGAAACUGAUAAGGUAAUAGACGUCCAUCAUCAUUUGUUCCAUAUUUAAUAAAAAUACAACUUUGUUGUAUUACUUUAAAUAUACAGUUGAAUCAAAAAUCAAAAGCAGAAUAAAAUGGCACGGUCCAAACGAAGGGACCCUUAACCUAAUAUUUUGUUUCACGACCCUUACAGGCAGUGAUUUCUCUGUAGAUCCUAAUGUGCUUCUGCACCCGUCAACAUGUACUGUGGCUUAUCAAGAUGCUGAUUAGACAGCAUGAUUAUUGCACAGGUGUGCCUUAGGCUUGCCAUAAUAAAAGGCCACUCUAAAAAGUGCAGUUUUACUGUAUUAGGGGGGUCCGGGGGGGGGUCCGAAAACCAGUCAGUAUCUCACCAUUUGCCUCAUGCAACAAUGGGCCUCAGGAUCUCGCCAUAGUAUCUCUGUGCAUUCAAAAUGCCAUCAAUAAAAUGCACCUGUGUUCGCUGUCCAUAACAUACGCAUGCCCAUACCAUAACCCCACGGCCACCAUGGGCCACUCGAUCCACAACGUUGACAUCAGCAAACCACACCUGUGAGGUGGAUGGAUUAUCUUGGCAAAGAAGAAGUGCCCGUUACACAGCUCAUGAAAAAUCGGGGCAAAAACAAAAGUGUUGCGUUUAUAAUUUUGGUCAGUUUAGAUGUUCAAUAGCAUUCAGAUCGAGGUUCUUAUUAGGCCACUUCACAAUAGUCCAAUGUUUUGUCCUUAGCAUUUCUAUGUGUUUUGGGUCAUUAUCCUGUUAAAGGACCCAUGACCUGUGACUGAGACAGAGCUUUCUUAAAAUGGUCAGUACAUAUCGCUGUAGAAUGCCUUGGUGGUUUUGAGAUUUCAUUGUGUACUGCACAAACACUUUCAAAGUGGAAUUGGUGUUCUUUUUUCAUCUGUGGACUAUCCUUUUAAUGCUUCCCAAAAAGCUCUAGUUUUGUCUUGUCCGUCCAAAGGACAUUGUACCAGAAGCAUUAAAAGGAUAGUUCACCUAAAAAUUUAAUUUGAUGUUUAAAUGCUUUCCCCCAGGGCAUCCAAGAUGUAGGUGACUUUGUUUCUUCAGUAGAACACAAACAAAGAUUUUUAACUCAAACCAUUGCAGUCUGUCAUAUAAUGGCAGUCAAUGGGAUCAACAGCUUUGAGAGUCAAAAAAAAAAACAUACACAGACAAAACCAAAUUAAACCCUGCAGCUCAUGAUGAUACAUCGAGGUGUUAAAACACGAAAUAAUCGGUCUAUGCAAGAAACUGAACCGUAUUUAUAUCCUUUUUUUUUUUUUACCUCUGAUCCACUGCAAUGUCCCCAUGGCCAUUUAUAAAUUUAAUAUGUCUGGUUUUCGGUCUCAUCUGCUUCAAGCUGUUUUUAUCUGUACAAAACAGCUUGUUUUGCUGCUUAAUAUUGCAAACUGGUGUGUCUUAAAAUAUUAUUUUAACGUAUUAUCUUAAUUAUGAACACAGUGGUUUGUAGUGCAAACUGUUUUACCGUUUACUGCACUUCGUUAUUCCUUCUCGUUAUUUCCCUAUGUCAGCUUAUGUACUGGAAAUGCUGCUUUUUUUCAGUUUUUCAUAUCUACUGUAAGUACAUAUUUUAAAUAUU